AUGACUGCUACCACUACUACGAAACCCCCAACUGUUCGUGUUGCUGCGGUCCAGGCCGAGCCCGAAUGGCUCGAUCUGCCUGCCGCUGUGCGUAAGACCUGCUCGAUUAUCCAAGAUGCUGCGCGACAGGGCGUGCAGUUGAUCGCCUUCCCCGAAUGCUGGAUCCCGGGCUAUCCAGCUUGGAUCUGGGCCCGGCCAGUCGACAUGGAGCGAUCGGUGGCCUACAUCCGCAAUUCGCUUCGGUACGACUCCCCGGAGAUGGAGCAGAUUCGCACCUGUGCGAUGGAAAAUGCCAUCAACGUUGUGCUGGGCUUCUCCGAGAACGACCAGGGGUCCCUGUACAUCUCGCAGUGCCUCCUCACGAGCCGCGGCGAGUUGAAGAUUCCUCGGCGCAAGAUCAAGCCGACGCAUAUGGAGCGCACAGUCUUCGGCGACUGCACGGGUGACUCACUGCAUAACGUGGCCGAUACCGACGUGGGCCGCGUCGGCGCUCUCUCCUGCUGGGAGCAUGCCAAUCCGCUGCUCAAAUACCACACCUACCACCAGCGUGAGCUCGUACAUGUCGCCGCCUGGCCUCCGGUGUACUCUCACUCCGGCGGUGCCGGUCUCUGGAGCAUGUCUCGAGAAGGCACUCGGAAUCUCUCACAGACCUACGCUGUCGAGUCGUCGACUUUUGUCCUUCACUCCACCUCUAUGAUCCUGGACAAGGGGAUUGCCCGUCUGGGCACGGCCGACGGGGGACUCAUGAACCGACCUGGUGGAGGGGCGGCCGCCAUCUAUGGCCCGGACGGUCGACAACUGACCGAGGAUCUCCCUGAGACCGACGAGGGACUUGUCGUGGCUGAUAUCGACGAAGAUAAGGUGUUGGAAACGCGGUGCUUUCUCGACCCCUGCGGACACUAUAGCCGGCCGGAUCUCCUCUGGCUGGGGGUCGACUCGCAGGCCAAGGAGCAUGUUCGGCGCGUAUAG